GCACAUUACCACCAUGCCUGCCCAUUCACUGGUCGCUCUUCUGGAAGUAGUGUAGUGUGGUUUGGUCAUUGUUUAUUUGUGUGGUGCGGUGGUCACACUUAGACAAAAUAUUGGAAAUCAUGGAUACUCCUCUGAUUAUUUUUGUUUUGGCCAUAUCUUUGACCCUAGGUAUCUCGACCGAGUCAACCUCAUCAAGCCUAAAACGUACGAAACGCGAACCUCCGAUUUACCGCCCCAUCAAAUACUCAUACAGCCCCCCACCUCGUCGCAAACCUAGACCCGUCUACGGCCCACCUCGCCCAGUCUAUGGCCCUCCUAGCAAACCUAAACCGGUUUAUGGGCCGCCUAAACCAGUCUACGGGCCACCUAAACCGGUCUAUGGACCACCUAAACCGGUUUAUGGACCACCUUCUUACAGUUAUGAAGCUCCAUCGUACCACGCCCCGCCUCCAUCAAGCUAUGGCCCUCCUUCGACGUCAUAUGGGGCUCCGUCUCAUUAUUCGCCCCCUGCACCGUCUUAUGGGCCUCCUCAGCAGUCAUAUGGGCCUCCAGCGCCGUCGUAUGGCCCACCAGCUCAGUCAUAUGGGCCACCGGAGCCGUCAUAUGGGCCUCCACCAGCGCCGUCUUAUGGACCUCCACCAGCGCCGUCGUAUGGGCCCCCAAGUGGUCAUUACUCGGGGUAUGAGUCUCAAACGACGUCAUAUAGUCAUUCGUCGCCCAGUUAUGGCGUUCCAGAAGUGUACCAAUCGUCAUAUGAAAUUCCCCCGAGUUUCAAUAGUCAUCCUUUGACGUAUGACACGUCAUCGGCCAGUUAUGGCACUCCAGGAGCGUUGAAUUCGUAUGGCGUGCCAGCUACGCAACAUGAGGCCCCCAUACAUUAUGACGUCUCGUCAUACAGUCAUAGAACCGAAGAAGUGCCCAAUGAGGAAUUCCAUGCGUCAUAUUCGGAUCCAUACAGUGCUGAUAGCAGCAGCAAUUAUGUCAAAUUUGAAGAAUCAACCAAAAAACUACAAGCGCCAGACCCCACAGUGACAUAUGGCAAAAUUGACACCACGACCAAAGUACCAAAUCAUAAUUAUGACGGACCCGGAGUGCAAGAUGACUCCCUUGUUCAUUAUGUAAAUGACAGAAAAAAACAACUUCAAAAAUUGAAAAAUUACUACAAAUUCAAAAAUCCUGACUAUUCGACGAGUGACAUAGAAAUACAAAAAUCGCACUCUUAUGACUUUUAUGGCGGAAAAUCCAACGGUUUGGACGAAAACCGAAACCACCACUUUAGACAACAUCACCAUUAGGUCGGAUAUUUAUUGCUAUUUUUUGUAAAUAUUUAUACUACACAAUAUUUGACUAUAUUUAUUGUACUGAUACUACCAAAGAACAAAUAAAAUGUUUA